AUGACAACGAUCAUCUACGCGAACCCCGCUUUCUAUGUGUUCCUAGUGACUUUUACGGCCUUUAUCCUUCUACUAUUGACAACGCUGUCGAUCCCACUUGUGUCCAGCUUUUACUUCCUGUACACUUCACAGGCCAAUGGAGUACGGUUUGGGAUGUGGGGAUGGUGCUUGGACUCAGAUGGGACUUGUUCUUCACCUCUUCAACUGGGAUACACCUGGGAACCAGAAAUAGCCAUACCAAUCACCAAAGCCCUAGUCUUCUAUCCUAUCUCGGUCAUUUUUACAUUUUUCACGAUGGCAUCGCUGAUGCCUGUCCUUUGCGCCCGGAACGCUCGGAGUGACAAGAUAUUCGACAUCUUUGCAUGGCUUUCCUUCGGGACAUCUGCUCUGGCAUUCUUCUUCAUGAUUGGCAUGUUCGAUACGGCGAGAAAGAGGUUCGAGAGGCGAGGGUUUGAUGCAAGUUUUGGCAACCUACCUUGGAUGUCUCUGUCAGCCACGCUGCUACUUCUCGGAGUUUCCAUUAGUCCGUUCUUCUUCACGCCGCCUCCUAAGCCCAAGCCGAUUGAGAGCCAACGCAGGCGACGCCCAAGAGAACAUGACCUCGAGCGAGGCCGAGAGAAGUCGAGGAGAAGAGAGAUUUCGAGGCGACCGACGGACCACACGCGAUAA